AUGGCCCCGCUCCUCCUCACCCAUUUCCGAGCGCGCCACCGCUCCGUCCUCACGACCCUCUUCGCCGCGACCUUCCUCGGCGCCGUCGCUGUCGUCGCAUUCCCCUGUCCAGCGCGAGUUGGGGCUAGCGAUGGUUUACGGCCAAUGACGAGGUUGGACUGCUCGCCGGAGCAAACGAGCGAGGUCGUCACAAUGAUGAACAAACGCGGCGGGCGAAAGCUGUUCAUUGAGGACCCAAUCGCCCGUUUCCACUGCCCCGAACAGCUCGUCGACACACCUCAGCACCCCAACAGGAGCAAACCAAAAUCGGAAUCGUAUCGAGGCGUCCCAAAGCGCCUUGACGCCGCAAGAGCCAAAAGUUGUACAUUAGCCACUCUCAUUAAAACUCGCGCGCACGCGAAAUGA